ACUGAAGUACCUGGUUAUUUUUCUGUCUUGGAUUAUCCAGCACACUGCAGAUACAUUGAUGACAGAUCUCAGAAGGAGUAUAUUUCACUUGAGGAAGACCCAUUUCUCCAUAGCUAUAAACAUCUCCCUUUUGAUGAUAAGGAUAUUUUACCUGAAGGAGUCUUUGCAUAUUCUCUUAACAUGGAUCAUCUUGCUUUGACUCACUCCUUCCUGGAAGAGUGUGAUGCUCUGUAUUUUCAGAACACCUGGAAGCUUUCUGAGGAGGACCCUUGGCAUGUUAGAAUGCAGAUGCAUGUGUAUAAGCACAGGUAACUUCAAAUGGAGUUCAGUUCAGAUGUCAGCUUCAUUCUCAGCGGAGCCCGCAAUGCUUACGGGCCUCCACGCCCCAGAGAACUUGCCUCGGAGCAGCUAAUUAAGAAGGCAGCAAGAGGAGAAUAUGAUGGGGUCUGUUUGAUUCUGAGGAACGGGCUUGCUCAUCCAGACGUAGCUGACAAGCGUGGAUACACAGCACUUGCUGCUGCAGCUGUUCAUUCCCAUAAUGCUGUUGUCAAUCUUCUUCUUCAUAGUGGAGCUGAUGUGAGUAAGUGUAGUGAUGAAGGAUUACCUGCUCUCUCCAUGUGUUUUAUUCUCAUUUAUCCAGAAGAAUCUUUUAAGGGUAAUACUGCUGAGAGGAGCUUGCACAGUUACAAGUGGACUGAAAAAUCAGAAUCCUCAGAAACUGUCAGUGAUGCUGAAGGCAUAAUGUCAGAACGACAGAAGAGAUGGGAAACAAUCCAGCUACUGCUUCGUCAAGGUGCAGAUCGCAGCGCAUCCUGGGCCCCACCACACCUCCUGUUCUUUGCUGUUAAAGGUGCAGAUGCAGAAGCAGUGGAACUCCUCUUAAAAAGGGGAGCCAGGUCUGAUGUGCGGCUUCCAUCGAAGGUUUUACUGAAUGGUAAUUCAUAAUAAUGGGAUUCUAGAUGUGUACUGCAGCUUCAGUGCCCUACCGUAAAAUAUCUUGCACGUCAGAAUCAGCUUUAAAACGGCCAGAAAGCUGUUUAAAGCAAUUAUCCUAUUCAAAGAUUUAUUUUUUUUUUUUUAGUAGAAAGAACUCAAAGCUCCUUACUGUCCAAGUAUUUUUUUCUUAUUAUGUUUUCUGGUUGCCAAGCUUGUGAGUGGUUGAGGAAUAUUUGCAAAGCUGCUCCUCACGUUGGUUACAGCUGUUGUGAUAUUUAACAGGCUAAGCGUCUGGGGCCUUUAGUAUUCCACAGUCUUAUAAGUCCGGGCUCUAGAUUUCUGGUGGCCAUUCUGAGGCACAGCAUAUGGGAAGAGUGAGCUUGGAUUAUUCUUAAAAUACUAUUUAUCACUACUUAAGUGCUGCUUCUGGUAAACAGGAGUCUUAAUGCUAUGUUUGUGUUUUCAAUUAGGGGGGUUAACUCCUCUCCACAUAGCUGCCUCGAUUCCUGGGGAGGAAGGGGUCCAGGUAACCCAGUACCUCCUGCAUUCUGCCCCAGAUCUUAAUGCAAGGGCAGAAGAUGGAAAUGAGAUAAAUGGUCCAGACAAGGUAUGUUGCUUUUUGAGCUCAUCUUUCAGCUCUUGAAAUUCAGAUUGCAGAGGACCUGAGCAGGCAGUUGAGAUUACUGCCUGCCUGUUCUUAUAGUGAAAGCUUUGCAUUUCACUGAAAGAACCUUAAAAAAAAAGAAAACCAACCCCCCCCAAAACCCCCAAACUAAAUUCACUUUGAGGUCUAUUGUAUUAAGUUGUAAAUAAACACAUCCUUCUGGUG